AUGGCCGGUUCUCUUCCCUCUUCCUACCUCCACAUCCUUCGCGACAAUGGCGAUCAAUUGGACAGGCGCAUACAACAAGGGGAGCUGAAACCCGUCUUUCUAUGGCAUCUAACACUUUUCACUAUUCUUCCAGUAUCCGCACUUCUCGUUCCACGCCGGAAAGGUACUCGAUAUGUCCGACCCCUCGUCCUCAUCCUUAUCUUCAAUCUGGCCCUCGGGGCUCUACGGUAUCGACGGGCGCUCCUUGGUGCAAAUGGAUACAUAAUAGGGUUGGUGGCCGCAUGGUGGUUUAUAUGGUCUGCAACGCUCUUGGUUUUUCAUGAUGCUGAGCGGGAAUUUCUGCGGAUUGAGCGAAAGCUCCCAGCGCAUGGAAGACCGACUGGUUUAUCGGAUGCGACGCUGAAGUCCUCAAUUGAGAAUAGAUCUAUACCCUCGAGUUGUAGAUCAAACGGCGCAAAACAAAGGGAACAGCAGUACAUGGAAUCCCUUGUAUGGCAACCGUAUCCUCAGACCUUCUUGAAGAGGCUGAACUGGUCCCUGGGCCUUCUCUUCAACAUGAGGGGCCCCGAAUGGAAUUGGCGGAUAUCCAGCAUGGGCCCUUUGCCUCCCCAUGUGGAAUCUAAGCUCGAGCUAGGAUCUCCAUCGCGAUAUUCUCGAGGCGCAAAAAAGGCAGUUGCUGCAUACCCAGACUCAAGAACCCGCAUCCGCACUGUGGCCUUCAACUGUCUUAAGUACUACCUCCUCCUGGACGUGAUAAAGGUCCUUAUGAUGCGCGACCUAUACUUCUGGGGGAUCAUCUCCCCACAGCCUCCUUCUCCUUUCGCGUUUAACCAGGUCUUCUCAGCUGGAGUGGUACAUCUAUACCGCACCGUGAUAACGGGCUUUGGUAUAUACGUUGCCGUAAAUUUCGUGGCAUCAUUCAACCCACUGAUUUUUCUCGGUCUAUCCAUUUUAUUCCCCAACGCCUCCCGCACCAUAACUGCAGCACCUCUCGACGCCCCUUGGCUUUAUUCGGACCCGUUUGGUCCGUUUCUUGUCCCUAUCCUGGACCACGGCCUUGCUGGCGCCUGGAGUGUAUGGUGGCACCAGCUCUUUCGAUUUGGAUUCACGUCCACUGGCCACUGGAUUUUAUCGCUGCUUCCCCGUUCCUUAGCGACGAACCAGCGCCUCAGACGUCUCAUAAUGACUUUCGUCGCAUUCGCGCUUAGCGGCUUAAUCCACGCCUGCGGAAGUUAUACCCAGUGGUCCCACACAAAUCCUAUUUCGGGGACCUUCUUAUUCUUCAUUCUUCAAUUUGUCGGUAUCACAAUCCAAGAAUUCGUCUCCCAUGUAGUAGACCCAUUCUUGUUAUAUAAAUUCACAGGCAAGAAAGGAACGACCCAAUUUCCAAUUUGGCUGAAACGAUCUGCGAAUGCAAGUUUCGUGUUUGGGUGGCUGUGGUUGACCGCGGGAUUUAUCAUGGAUGAUUUCGCCAAGGGUGGUUUGUGGCUGACGGAACCUUUGCCGGUGAGUCCCCUGCGUGGUUUGGGACUCGGAUAUGGGGUUGAAGGGGAGGGAUGGUGGUGUUGGCGAGGAACAUGGUUUCAGUAUUGGGAUGGGGGUAGUUAUUGGGAGAGGGGGGUAAGAGUCAUGUGA